CAUCAAUUAUCAUUUUGACUGUCCACGAUAAUCGCUGCCGCGAUUUAGCAGACUUUCGUCUUCUCCACGUCACGUUGCAAGCCAGUAGUCAGUUUUUCAUAAAUAAUUUAUCGCUCGGGUGUGUGACGCGACAAAUUCUCCGGCAAACAUCUCUCCGCGUCCAUGAUUCAAACGUUGCGUGCCUGAAUCAGCUGUGAAAACAGCCAUCUUAUAAUUGUCAGCUGUCGCCUGUCGCGAACAUUAUCGCGAUUAUAAUAUUAUCGUGAAAGUGUUGGUCUAAUCAGUGUGACAGCUUUUAACAACUUGGGUGAUUUUUGCGAAAUAGCUACGUGAUGUUUGAUUACAAAAGACUGGCAUACACAUCGGGCACGUCGUGAUUACUGAAACAAGAUCUGAGACAAUAACAAUUCGUGACAGACGAGACAUGGAUGAUGAAACGUUGAAUAGAUUAGCAGCUGAAGCUUUAUUGGAAGAAGCCAAACUUGGUGCACGAAGAGCCGAAAUAAUGGGUCCCAGUGGAUGGGUAAAACCUAAAGAAACCAUUAACAAAAGAUUUCUCCAUUCAACAUUACGAAAUGCAGUAUUAUCAAAUAAACAUCAAUCACUGAAGCAAGAUAAAAUAAAAAUUCAACCACGUAAAGCAGAUACUGUUAAAAAAUCAUAAUACAUAAAUAGUAUUGUUCUUAUGUAUUUGUUUUAAUAUUUCUGAUAUGUAUUUUUAAAAAUAUCUCAUUUCUCACUUAAGACGAUUUUUGGCGACUCGUUUGGUAUAUGUACCAAAGCGUACCAAACUGUACCAGAACCAAUGAGAUAUAAGUAAACUUUUAUCUUAUUGGUUCUGGUACAGUUUGAUACAUGUACCAAACGAUCGCCAAAAAUCGCCUUUAGAGGAAAAAAGAAAGAUGUGCGUUUAAACAUUAAUUGGUACUAAAGUAAACGAUUGUAGUUGUUUUUAUUUAUUCUAUUAGAGUACAUUCAUUCGUGAUAAAUAUUACAUAUUUUUGUAUGAAAUAAAAAAGAAUUCUAUAUAAAUAUACCAAUAAACUGUGUGUAAAGUGAA